GGAAUAGGGUAGGUCCAAAGUCCAAACACUUGAUCACUUAGAAGACAUGAACCCUCAAAAAAGGGUAAAAAGCAAAGCUUGAAAAACCCAAAAGAGGAAGAACAACAAUAACAACAACAACAACAACAAGAAGAACAAGUGUGUAAGUCGGUCAGACUUUUGAGACACUCCUAGGUCCUAGCUAAGUAAGAGAGAGAAAUAAUGGCUGGGCAUGAAGAUUACAUCGAAGCUGAAAAUGCAGAGGCCAUUAUCACCAGAAUCGAGCACAAAUCUCGCAAGAUCGAAAGCUUGCUCAAACAGUAUAAACCAGUUGAAGCUCUUAAAACUGCGCUUGAAGGUUCAGCUGCCAUUACCAAAGAUGAACGUUGCAAGUCUGCAAAUUGGAUAGCUGUGCAUCGAGCAAUAAUGGCGAUUAAAGAUGUUGAUGGAAUGCUGGCUUCCUUGGAUUCUGAGUAUUUUGACAUUCUCAUGAAGUACGUGUACAGAGGUUUGUCUACUGGAGACCGUCCGACAUGUGAACAGUGCCUGCGAAUACAUGAAAAGCUGACUCAGAGAGCUGGUCUAGGAUGCAUACUUCGAUGUCUUGCUGACACACAGAAUACAGUGUGAUUCUACCCAUGACAAAAUUCGCUAGAAAACAUUCUGCUAGAUCUCUUCUUAUAGCUUCUACCCUGUGCGUCUCCCGCUUGAAAGUUACAUAUGCCAAAUACUUUAGAUUUUGUACAGAAGUCAAUGUCAUAUUUUUUUUCUAUUUUCCUCUUUUAAUGAGGCAGGUGUCUGCCUCAUCCCUGUUGAACUUGGAUCUUUUAAGUUCCAAUCAUUAUAUCAGAUUAUACAUUCUUUUAGAAAAUAUUCAGUAGAUUUGUUAUUAUUAUGAUGA